AUGGCUGCGGAUCCCUUUGAUUCGGCGCUCGAUCUCCUCCGCCGCCUGAAUCCGAAACACACGAGCGAGCACCUCAACGCAAUCAUCUCCCUGGCCCCUGACCUGACCGAAGACCUCCUCUCGUCCGUCGACCAGCCCCUCACCGUCAAGCGGUGCAGGCAGACCGGCCGAGACUACCUCCUCUGCGACUACAACCGCGACGGCGACAGCUACCGCUCGCCAUGGAGCAACCAGUUCGACCCGCCGCUGGACGAGGGCGGCGUGGGCGGUGUCGGCCCGGGAGGCAGCGAGGGCGCGGGCGAGGGCGCCAUCCCCAACGAGAGAGUCCGCAAGAUGGAGAUCAAGGCUAACGAGGCCUUUGACAUCUACAGGGAGCUGUACUACGAGGGGGGCGUGAGCAGCGUGUACCUGUGGAACCUGGACGACGGAUUCGCCGGCGUCGUGUUGGUCAAGAAAUCUGCCACCCCCGGAUCCAACACCGAAGGCGUCUGGGACUCGAUCCACGUCUUCGAGGCCAUUGAGCGCGGCCGAACAACCCACUACAAGCUCACAUCCACCGUGAUCCUCUCGCUGUCCACCAACGUCGAGGGCACCGUCGGCGACAUGGACCUCAGCGGCAACAUGACGCGCCAAGUGGAGCAGGACCUUCCCGUGGAGAACGACGACAGCCACAUUGCCAAUGUCGGCCGCCUGGUGGAGGACAUGGAGCUCAAGAUGCGUAAUUUGCUGCAGGAUGUCUACUUUGGCAAGGCCAAGGACGUUGUUGGUGACUUGCGGAGUGUGGGCAGCCUGAGUGAUGGUGCGAAGGAGCGGGAGACGCAGCGGGAGCUUAUUGGCAGCAUGAAGCGAUGA